UCUAAUUUAAUUCAAUUUUACUAUUUCAAUAAUUGUUUAUAUACUAAACCAUGUUACCCAGACUUUGAUAUCUACCAAAUCAUGCCCUUCGAAUUUUGACAUGUACUAAAUUAUGCCCCUCAACUUACAUAAUUUGGUACAUGUGUAAGCAAAAAUCCUAAUGAGCUUUUAAUUUAUCAUACAUAUUCCCUUACUUUCAUUUUCAUACCUAAACAUUUAUCGUUGCUAAUUGCUUCUUCCUUGCAUGUUUUUAUGUUCAUGUUGAUUUGUAUGAGCAGCUACUGGGCAACCACAAAUUACGUCAACUCACAAGCUUUUCGGGUCGCCGCCGGGGGGACCAAAACGGACAACAUUAAAAAUCUACGGCAAAUCCACGCCUUUAUACUCAAAACUGCUUCUUUCCCUCUCCCACCGCCGACCCUUGAACUCAUUUCUUCCUCUAGAAAUCUGGGUUAUCUAUGUUUUAUCUUAAAGCACUUGGAAAACCAGGACCUCGGCCUCGACAUAUGCAAUGACAUCGUUCGGAGCCUUAAUGGCAACUCACUUCGAGCUGUCGUUUUGUUUCGCGAGAUGCUUGUCAAUGGCUUCCGUCCUGAUAACUAUACGGUUCCUUAUGUUCUCAAGGCUUGUUCCAAGUCUCAGGCGCUCAGAGAAGGUGUCCAGGUUCAAGCUUAUGCUGUCAAGACUGGGCUGGUGUUAUCCAAUGUGUACGUGAAGAACACUCUCAUCAGGCUUUAUUCUGUUUGUGGGUCUGUGAGUUACGCCCGCAAGGUGUUUGAAGAAAGUUCUCUGAGAGAUGUGGUAUCUUGGACCACGCUCAUUCAGUGUUACGUGAAGAAUGGCUUUGCCAGGGAAGCUAUUUUGACUUUCUUUGAGAUGUGUGAUGCCAAAAUGAAAGCCGAUGAGAUGACAGCGGUUAUUGUUCUCUCUGCUUGUUCAAAGCUAGGAGACUUAAAAUUAGGUAGAAAAUUACAUGACUAUAUACUGGACAAUAGGGUUCCCUCAGACGUGUACGUGGGCAAUGCACUGGUUGAUAUGUAUCUCAAGUGUGGUGAUGCUAAUUCCGCACGCAAAAUAUUUGAUGAAAUGCCUGUUCGAAAUGUAGUUUCUUGGAAUUCUUUGAUAUCAGGAUUGGCUAACCAAGGCGAAUUCAAGGAUGCAAUGGAUAUGUUUCGGAAAAUGCAAAGCAUAGGGGUUGAGCCUGAUGACUUUACAUUGGUGGGCGUUUUGAAUUCCUGUGCAAAUCUUGGAUUGCUUGAGUUGGGGAAGUGGGUUCAUGCAUACAUCGAUAGAAAACAGAUUGAGGCUGAUAGGUUCAUAGGGAAUGCACUCGUGGAUAUGUAUGCUAAGUGUGGAGCCAUAGACCAAGCCUUUAAAGUGUUCCGAGGCAUGAAGUGUAGGGAUGUGUAUUCUUACACUGCCAUUAUUAUUGGUUUAGCUAUGCACGGAGAAGCAAAAAGGGCACUGAGUAUAUUCUCCGAUAUGCCUCGAAGAGGUAUAAAACCAGAUGAGGUGACAUUUAUAGGUGUUUUAACAGCUUGUAGUCAUGCAGGUCUUGUUGUGGAAGGAAAAAGGUACUUCAAAGACAUGUCAUGUGUGUAUAACCUUAGACCUCAAACAGAACACUAUGGUUGCAUGGUCGACCUUUUUGGCCGUGCUGGAUUAAUUGAGGAAGCACAGGAGCUUAUUGAAAACAUGCCGAUGGAGCCUGAUGCUUAUAUAUGGGGAGCCCUUUUGGGAGCUUGUAGGAUUCACGGUUGUGUUGAACUUGGAGAAGAUGUAAUGAAAAAGCUACUGAAGGUGGAGCCAGAGAGAGAUGGUGCAUAUGUACUUAUGUCAAAUAUAUAUUCAUCUGCAAAUAAAUGGAGGGAUGCAGUGAAGUUAAGGAAGGAAAUGAAAGGCAAGAACAUCAAGAAAACUCCAGGGUGUAGUUCGAUUGAACUCGAUGGUGUAGUUUACGAGUUUCGAAAGGGUGGUAAAUCGCACCCAAGAAGUAAAGAGAUAUACAAGCUGCUGGAGGAAAUCAUGAGCCACAUAAAGAACUUCAACAACUUGGCACAAUGAUGAACUGGACGAUUUUACAGUGAAACAAACCACCCAAUUAUUUGUUGGCCAUAUUUGGUUUAGUUCUCUAGUUCAAAUUCACAAAUGUGGUUAUUCAUUCAUCAACUUCAUAGUAGAAUAUAGUUUCACUGCAGAAUAUCAUAAUGUAAAUAUUGAGCUGCAACUUAGUGAUGGAAUACAACACUGAAAACCCUUUUCCAAAAUUGUCAAUUUGAUGUGUGAGAUGAAGAUUUUGAGGUGAGUGAUGUUACUUAAAUUGGUCAACUGUAAUGGCCUGUUUAUGUGUUCGGGAUGUUAAUGUUAAUAGUAGAUUAACGUACAAGAAAAGAAGAGAGUGUUGAGAAAAAGAAGUCAAUGAUGAGUCACACAAAUAUUAUGGCUCCUGCAAAGUGUAUAGUUUUGUGGCUAAACUACUAGAAUUUAAAAUAUUAUUAGUUUAUAACAAAAUGCAGCCACCCAAGAAACGUGUUGUACCGUCACAUUCUUGUAGAUGUAGAUUUGUUAAUCAAAUUAUGUGUAUAAUUGUCACCAUAAACUUGUUUAACUUACACGUAAUCUUGCCAUUAAUGAUCUAUUCUAUUCAAACUCAAA